UGGCUAACUCUAUUUUUUUCUUAACAAGAAGCAACGGAAAGAAAAUCCUAAGUUUGAAAGAAAAAGGAGUGAAUUUGGAUGAGAUGGGGUAUGAGAAAUAUUAUACAUUUGAACGAGAUGAGUAUGGGAUCACACUUGUAUCACAUACAAGAAGGUAUAAUGCGGACAUUGUGGACACAAACGAGGAGCAAGUAGAGUCACUGGAUAUAGCACAUAUUGUAGAGGAUCCGGUGCAAAAUAUGGUAUCUAGUGGAUCUGAAACGGAUGAAGAUAUGGAAUUAGAGAGGGGCUAUGAGGAGAAAGUACAGGAAGAGGAGGUAGAUCCGGCCGAGCUGGAGGCUUAUAUAGAACCUGAAUACAGCGAGUCUGAUAACGAGGAGGAGGAGGAGGACGAAGAAGAGGAGGAGGAGGAAGAAGAAGAGGAAGAAGAAGAAGAAGAGGAGGAGGAUAGUUUACCAGAAGAAUACUUUGAGCCUCAACAUCUCAUUGUAUCUGACUGUGAAGAGGCUGAAGAAGAAGUAUUAGACGAGGUUGACAUAUUUUGGAACAGACGGUCUAGUGAGCGAUAUAUCGAAUCCUUUGAGUACAUUGUACAAAAGGAACCGAUCAGUGCACAAGAGUUUUCCUUGUUGUAUUUAGAUUAUGUGCGUCAUUUUGUAUGUAAAGAUGUUUCAAAACGCACUGGGUAUCAUGAUGUAUCUCGGUAUCGAUAUUGUAUUACACGUGAUCUAGCACUCGACAUCUCGGAUCAAGAAUUCAUGACUAUCGUCCGUCGUAUAACAGACGUAUCGCAAUAUCGGUACAAGUUGUUGAGUUUAAAUCGUGUGGAAGCGUGUGCGAUUCAUUGCCGAACCUUGAUUCAUAAGCGAACCUUAAACAACAAACGGAAUCAGAUUUACUUUUUGCAGGUUCAGAUGGACUCCAAACAAUGUGCCUUGAUGUUACACCAUGUGCCUGCAACACAAGAUAAAGAUAGUCCAUUGUCGUCGGAAGAGGAAUGGGUAGGCAUGUAUAAGCAAGCGAAAACAAAAAUUGUGGCUAUGGAUGUCAUGGAUCAGAUCUGUAAUCAUUUAUGGACCCAUUUACAAGUGUACCCAAAGCUUAUAACCCGUUGUUAUCGUCAUCAACACUUUGAAAAGCUUUUUCGGUUAAAUAACCGACAUAUAUUUAAACGUAAACUUCAAAGCUACCUGUCAAAAGUUGGUAAACCCCCCUUCUUCACUCCCCCUUUUAUAUUAUUUUCUGGUUUUGGUUUUUGACCUUUGUGUCUUUUCUUUUUUUAGACAUACUUAGCAAUUCAUGAUAGUGAAAAGACGCAUAUUAUCUAUAUAUGUAAUGGAACACACGAUUGCUGUCAAGUGGCACUAAGUAAUAUGGAUCUAUCCGAUUUUGGCAUUAGCCCCGCUUUAAACGAGCUUGUCUCGAUUAUCCAAGCCAGCACACAAAGCCAACAUUUAUUCCGUGGUAUCCAACUUAGCGAUAUUUUCUUGCUGGGUGAAUUUCUGGUGUGUCGCGAUCAAGCUAGUUAUGUAUACAUUGAGAAUAUGUUGAUUAGCAAAUUAAAGGAGAUCAAAUUUCAUCC